GGCAGCCCCUGGACUGGUCCCCAACGUUGAUGGGGAACCGCAGCUGCCCUCCCCCUCCCGCCCCCACGGCUGCCUUCCUCCUUCCUCUUUCUACUACUGCCCUGCCCUUCCCCAGAAGGCUUCUUUAUAGGUCUCAGGUUCCCAUCCGAGGCCUUGAGGUUUGGGCUGCCCUAGAGGACAUGACCUGGGGCCCUGACAACGUGCGGAAAUGGUCAGCCCUGGCGCUGCUGGCCAUCAUUGGCACAGCCCUGACAGCGGCCACCGACCCUGGCUUCGUGGCCAUGAUCUCCCAGAAGGGUCUGGACUUCGCGUGCCAGCAGGGAGUGGUUGAGUUGCAGAAGGAGCUACAGACUAUCAGUGUUCCUGACUUCUCUGGAGUCUUUAAGAUCAAGCACCUGGGAAAGGGUUCCUACGAAUUCUACAGCAUGGCUGUGGAUGGAUUUCAUAUUCCUAAUCCCGAGAUCGAGAUGCUGCCCAGUGAUGGCCUCCGACUGUUCAUCAAAGAUGCCAGCAUCAAGAUCAAUGGAAAGUGGAUGUCAAGGAAGAACUUCCUCAAGGCCGGUGGCAAUUUUGAACUGAGCAUCCAGGGCGUCUCCAUCUCCACCGACCUGAUACUGGGUAGUGACUCCUCAGGCCACAUCACUACCAUCUGUUCCAACUGCGACAGUCACAUCGACAGUGUCCAUAUCAAAAUCUCAGGCAGCGUGCUGGGGUGGCUGAUCCGACUGUUCCACAGGAAAAUUGAGACUUCCCUGAAAAACAUCAUUUACAAAAAGAUCUGCAAGAUCGUGAGAAACUCUGUGUCCUCCAAACUGCAGCCUUAUCUGAAGACCCUUUCUGUGAUAUCCAGAGUGGAUGAUGUGACCUCGGUUGACUACAGUCUGGUGGAUUCCCUGACAACCACGAACCAGUUCCUGGAGGGGCAGCUAAAGGGGGAGUUUUUCUGGAGGGGACACCGAGGCCCACUUCCCAUUCACCCACCAGUAAUGAGGUUUGUGCCCAACAGUGCAUACAUGGUAUGCAUGGGCAUCUCUGACUACUUCUUCAACACUGCGGUAUUUGCAUACCAACAGUCUGGAACCUUGAAGGUGACCCUGGGGAGCCAAUUGUUAUUAAAUGAUGGCAGAUUCCAGCUGAACACUGACUUCCUUAGGACCUUCCUGCCCCAGGUGGCCAGGAAGUUCCCCAGCAUGGGAGUGCAGCUGCUCAUCUCAGCACCCGAGCCUGAGCACCUGAGCAUACAGCCCACAGGCCUCUCAUUCAAUCCUAGGCUGGAGACCCAGGCCUUCGUGGUCCUCCCCAACGCCUCCCUGGUCCCUCUCUUUGUUCUUAGCAUGAAAACAAAUGCCUCUUUGGAAGUGGAUGCUGAGGAAAACAGGCUUGUGGGAGAGAUGAAGUUUGGCAACAGGUGGUUGCUGGAACUGAAGGAAUCCAAAUUUGGCCCCUUUAAGGUGGAGUACCUGGAGGAUGUCAUAAACUACCUCGUACCCACACUAGUGCUGCCCAAGAUCAAUGAGAGGCUGCGUAGAGGCUUCCCUCUCCCUUUGCCUGCUGGGAUCCAGUUCAGCGACUUCACAUUUUACCCCUACCAGAAUUUCCUGUUGCUUGAAGCGGAUUUACACCUUAUCUGAGAUAUCACCUUGGACCCUGGGCCAGGAAGCUCUGCAGCUGCUCCCAUCACACUCACCGGCUGUCCUGCUCCAGGAAUCCUUUAGUCUUUGGCCCUGACCUGUAGCCUCCUGCUUGCUUCCCCAUGCCGAAGCUGAGGGGAAAGCAGGAGAUCUGUGUACCGGGCCCUGUGCCUCUUUCAGAGCAGCCCCUCCAGCAUCCGCAUUUCCGCUGGAGGGGCAACAUUACUUUGGGCUUUACAAGAACACCCAUUUUUCCCCCUGUAGAUUCUGUGUGCCGGUGUGGCUUUUGUCCAUUCAUUAAUGCACUCACUGGCGGCAGUCAGCGUGGUCUGCAGCUCAUGCACUCUUGCGUCCUGAACACCUACGUUAGCGCAAUCUCCCGCUGUUCCAACUGUCCUUGGGGGUUUCUUAAUCGGAAGGGAUGAGGUGGGCCUUCUAGGGUCCUGCAGUUUUGAGAGGUGAUGGGUCUACUGGACUGUUUGUGGGGCGUGCCUGUACAGCCUAUUGUCUUCCUGUGGCCAACGUUCCUCACUACCACGUGGUGGCGCUGUUGAACACCUGACCCAAAAAGCUGAUGGUCCCUGUCAUUGUGCCUCAGCAAGAAACAGACCAGGAUAUGCAGCACUAACUUAGUGUAAUUAGCACACCUCAUGAUCCCCAGGCCCUGGUGUGGAAGACAUCAGUUCCAGGCUCUCCAAGACUGGUGUUGGAUCUCACUGAGGGCUUUGGGCUGUGUCCUUCCUCAAGACGUCUGGUGAGACUGCCCAAGACUGUUAGAUGGGUUUUGCAGGGAUCAAGUGGGCCCCGAGGCCUCUCUGGGCUGGGGUCUCAUUCAGGCCUCAGUGCACUCUGUCUCCCUCAUUCUGUGACUCAUGUAGGUAUUUCAGAUUGUGUCACAGCCAACCACAAGCCCACCUAUAGCAAAGCUGGGGUUCCUACACAUCUUCCCUCAGCCCAUGAGCCUCCACUUCCUUCCAGAUGUCAGAGCUGUCUGGGGAGUUUCAGCAUGUAUAAGGUAGAUUUUCUGCAUUCCGUUGCCUAGGUCACACACUGAUUAAAAGGCACCAAGGCUGAGGAAACAAAACUUCUUCUUCUCAUUUGUCAGCCAGGAAGGUGCACCUAUUUCUAUUUGUGGAGGCUAGUGGAGGACCCGGCUUAGGACCAGAGGGCAUCCAGAGGGAAUGAAAGGGAGAGAGUAAUGGAAAUGAGAGAUGAGGCUGAUCUGCUCUCAAAAGCUAUGGGAAGCCCUUGGAGGGUUUUGAGCACAAGAAGGACACUUCCGGGGCUGCAGAGAUGGCUCAGCCACUGAGAAUGCUCGCUGCUCUUGCAGAGGACCAAAAUUCGGUUCCCAUGAGGUAGCUCACAUCCUUCAGCAACUGUGGCUGCAGGCGAUUGGAUGCCCUCCUCGGACCUUUGUGGGUACCUGCAUGCAUGUGCAAAUGCCCCAAUACAGACUUA